GGUGAACCCACGCCAACAGCCCUACGCAUUUCACACUUACCUCUACUCUCUCUGUCUCUGCCUAAUUCUGUGCUUCUGAUCACCCUAACAACCAAAAAUUCUCUUUCUCACACACAUCAUCAUGAUAUAUUCAAUUCAAUUUUCUAGGGUUCAUCGAUCUAUAUAUUAUAUAUAAAUAUAUGCAUUACAUUCGCACGUUGCUUUCUCUCUCUGCAUCCUUUGUUUAUUAUCCGUAAGAGAACAUUGAUGCAUACAUCAGAGAGCUUUAACCACCCAAAGUAACGACAUAUUUACGCUACCAUUCAAUUCUCUAAGAUUCCCCAAAAAACACAGAGCAUUCAUUUCUGUUAUCGUCGCCCGGAAGUGAUAUCUGCUACUUUGGAUUGAAUUUUAAGAUAAGAGAAUAACCAUGUAUGCCGCCGAGCUGGUGGAGAUUGUACCAAGGGAACUCAAGUUCAUAUUUGAACCGAAGAAGCAAAACUCUUGCACUAUUCGACUAGUUAAUAAGUCCCAAAAUCAUGUUGCUUUUAAGGUCAAGACUACUAGUCCAAAGAAAUACUGUGUUCGACCUAACACAGGAGUUAUUAAGCCCAGAUCAUCCUGUGAUUUUACAGUGACCAUGCAGGCACAAAAGGCACCUCCUCCUGAUAUGGCAUGCAAGGACAAGUUCUUAGUUCAAUGCACAGUUGUGGCAGAAGAGACUGUUGAGGACGAUAUUACAUCAGCCAUGUUUUCCAAAGAUGAUGGCAAGUAUGUUCAAGAAAAUAAGAUGAGAGUUAUCCUUGUCAGUCCACACAGUUCGCCUGUUUUAUCACCAAUCAAUGGAGCACAAGGUGAUCUUCCAAGUUACACAGAUUCACCACGAGAAGAUCAAGUACAUGGUAAUGAAAAUAUCAGUUCACAGCAAGAAGGAUCUAUCAAUGGAGUACAUAACCACAGUGGAAGAUACGAAGAAUCGUUGACUAGAGAUCAAGUAAACCCACUUGAUCAAAAUCCACAGAAAGAACUGGAUGAGAAUGUAAGUGAGUUUAAAAAGGAAAAUGCCAACAUGCAAAUGGAAGGAAAGCAUGUGCAGUUGGAGACGAGGAAGCAUGAAGAAGAGAUGGAAUUAGUCAAGAAUGUUGGGAUCAUGAAGUCCAAAAUAAGUGAACUAGAACGAAAACUAAGUGAGGCCAAAGACACCAUCUCAAGGCUAACGGAGGAGAGGAAAUUUACCGCUCAAGAAAGAGAGAGCUUACAAAGAGAAUUGGUCAUGUUGACAAAUAAGAAAGGCGGAAAGAAAGUCCGAGUUGGAUUUCCUCUCCUCUAUGUGAUUACUGUGGCCUUUAUUAGUAUGGUGUUCGGUUACCUUUUGCAUUACUGAUGGAAGCAUUUAAUACACGCUACUAUGACUGAAAGGUUAUGGUCUAUAUCUUGAUAGACGAUUUUUCCUUCAUAAAGCCAUAUCUGCUCUAUCUAAAGCUGAGGAUCAAGUAUGUUGUUGUAUUGACCAGUAGUGGAGUAUAUCAAGUGUUGUAAAUGCUGUUUUUAGAUGGAAUAAAGUGUAAUAAUCUCCGUCUACCACACCAUCCCAGCAGGGGGAGGAGUUGUGGAGUAUCUUUUUGCUGAAAGUGUUGAUUUUAGUGAUGGUUU